ACAGCAACUGUCCUCCAGCCCUUGCCCUGAGGACACACAUCGCAGUCUGCCCCCAUAUGCUUCUGACAACCCCCACGGGACCAUCCCUCCACUGCAGCCCUGGAUGGGCAUCUCAUCAUCGAGAUGGUCCCUGAUUGACACCUUCGGACCCAACAUUUGGCAUAGUCGGCAGGAUACGGUGAGUAGCUGCCCUGCUGCCCCAAAGCACUCAGGGGAGGACUCCACUAUGUGGCUCCCGACUUCGUUGUGGUACCCGAUCGCUGAAUUCCUCACAGCCAGGGCCCCUCCUGAGGACUGGGAGGUGGUGAAGCCCACACCGGAGGCUGUACGGGAGGCUAGACCGUAUGGAGAUGAGCAUACCCAUGGCCCACCGCGAGUCAGCGGGGCAGGUUGCAUGGCUGCUCCUCUCUGUCUUGCGGAAGCAAGCGGUCACCAUAUGCGACCAGGUGCAGCAAGUGCAGCCACUGAAGCAGGCUCAGGAGGUGCUGGAACAACGGGUCCAUGCUCUGAACAAGGCUCUGGAAGGCCAGAUCUAGAGAACGAGGCAAGGGACCUCCGAGCAGCACUUAAAGACUGGGGAUGGGCUGUCAACAAGGCCAAAGUCCAAGGGCCUGGAUUGUCUGUCAAAUUCUUGGGGGUUGUCUGGUCGGGUAAGACCAAGGUUAUGCCACAGGCUGUCAUUAACAAGAUCCAGGCCUAUCUGCAUCUGGAAACAGUGAAACAGCUCCAGACCUUUUUGUGCCUCUUGGGGUAUUGGCAGGUAUUCAUACCCCACUUGGUGACCAUAAUGUGCCCCCUUUAUGGUCUGACAAAGCGGGGUGCGGUGUGGGACUGGACCUCCGGGAUGGAGGAAGCCUUUAUGGCUGCCAAAUGGGCUGUGGCUCAAGCCCAGACCUUGUGGGUUGCUGAGCCCACCCUCCCAUACCUGCUGACAGUUCACGUGCAGGACCAGGGCUUUGGUUGGGGUCUGUGGCAAACCCAUGGGACCAGGAAGGUGCCCUUGGGUUUCUGGUCUCAGCUCUGGAAACGAGCUGAGUGGAGGUACUCGUUAAUCGAGAAGCAGCCAGCGGCCAUUUAUGCAGCCCUUGUGGCCUGUGAGGCCAUCACAGGUCCUGCACCUGUGGUGGUGAAGUCCACAUACCCUGUCGAGGGUUGGCUGCAGUCAUGGUUAAGGGCACCUAGGACAGGGGUGGCCCAAACUUCCACACUGACCAAGUGGGGAGCGUAUUUGGAGCAAUGGGCCAUGUUUAGUUCCAGUCCGUUGUCCCAACAGCUUCAUGAGCUGCUGGGCCCAGUAACCUUCUGGGUGGACAAGGAAGAGGCACUUCCAGAACACCCUGUAGAGGUGGCCAGACCAUACAGGGAAGGAAAGCCAACUGUACCUGGUGGGGCAUGGUACACGGGUGGCUCCUGUUGGUGCCAGCCCCCCAGUUGGACUGCAGUGGGGUUACAGCCAGAAUCAGAGGAAUUCUGGUAUGACACCGGCCAAGGUCAGAGCAGCCAAUGGGCCAAGCUCAGGGCUGUCUGGCUGGUACUCACGCAUGAGGCAGGAGACGUGCAUGUCUGCACUGACAACUGGGCAGUGUUCCGGGGUCUCACCCUGUGGCUGCCCUGUUGGGCCACCCAGGGAUAGAUUAUAGGAUGGUCCCCCUGUGGGGACACGCCCUCUGGGAGGAUCUUUGGACACAGCAUAAAAGCCAGGCGGCUACAAUUUACCACAUCCCGGUCCAUAAGCUGUUCCUCUCCCCCUGGAAACGAUGCGGCAGACAUGCUGGCACAGGUCCGCCCUGCCUGUCCUCUGUCUUCUUCAGAGAUGAAGGAUGCCAUUAGGCGCCCUUGGUUACACUGAAAACUAGGGCAUGUAGGCCCGUGAACCAUGUGCCACGUGGCCCAGCACUGGGGCACGCCUCUGACAGUGGCAUAUGCCACAGAGGCUGUUUGAUCAUGUCCCCAGUGCGCCAACCACCACCCCCAUAGACGGUGACUGCGACUGCCUACUCAGUCUGGAAAGGUUGAGCGGGAGCCAUGCCCACUACAUGGCAGGUGGACCAUAUGGGGCUGUUUCCCCAGGCUACAGGUAAGUGGUACCUGUUUACGGUAGUCGACACUGCCACCGGCUUGGGCUUUGCGUGGCUUACUCCCACCACUUUGCAACAGGAUGCCAUACGUGCCCUGGAGCAGCUGAGCACUAUGUAUGGGCGGGCGCUCACCAUCUCGAGCAACCGGGGAACCCACUUCACAGGAGAGCGAGCUCAGCAAUGGGCAAAGAAGCAGGACAUAGAGUGGCAGCUACAUGCCCCCUAUCGCCUGCAGGCUGUGCGUAUGAUAGAAAACUUUAACUGACUGUUAAAAAAAAAAAGCCCCGGGCCCUAGGAGGGACAAGCCCAUGAAGCAAUGGGCAUCCCAAGUACCAGUAGCAUUGCAUCUACUAAAUGAACAACCACAAAAGACAGGCCAGUCACCGCUAAAUAGAGUGGUAGAGGGGUUGCCACACACCCUCAAGGUAGUGCUGGGGCCAAGCAAGUCCCAAGACUUCCCCCUAGUGCAGCAGGGAGCUUUGCUUCUGCCAACCCGGGAAGCUCUGCUGAAGACCAGACACGAACAUGGACUUGGCCAUGGAAGACUGUUGUAUCCCGGGAUCCCUGGGUUGCCUUGGUAGAACCAUGGGGGCCUGGCACUGGCCGUGGACUGCAAGUCCAGCCUUUGCUGUGCUCCUGGCCAGGUCACCUUGCAGGUCACCUUGGGGCGAGACGGAGGAGGGACUUUGCUAUGGGAUACCUUUGCAUUGGCUCUGUGGCCUUUACCUUUGUUGCAGGUCCAGGAAGUGGACUUGCCUUCCUCUGUGGUUUUGGGCAGAAAGAUGUGGUAUCACCAUCUAGGAGGCCCGCCACUGGUGGCUACCGUCCUUUCCCAGGAUGGGAAAGUGGCUUGCGUACUGCCAGAAGGCAGAGAUUUGCUGGUAAUGGUCUCUGUC